UGCUGCGCCUCGUGGCUGAGGGGUGGGAUGCUGGCCAGCCUCAGCAACGGCAUCCUUCGGCCUCAAGGGUGGAAUUAAGCCGGUUGGGGACACAUUAGAAGAAUUACGAGAAGCCUCUGUGGGGUUUAGCCCAAUGGUGAAUCCGUGUGAAGAAAGGGUAGCCACCCUUAACCUUGCCUCUUUUUAUGCUACACAGGAAAUGCCAUUCUUCAUAAAGAAAACUCGCUCCAUCUUCUGGAAAUGUGUUUUGGUUAAGGUUCUUUGGCUGUUAUAGAAAGAAGCUUAUAUGGGACUCUGGCUGAAGCAGUGGCUGAACCUUUGCUCUGUCCUAAAAGCCUGGCUUGGUGCACCCCACUUUGAAUGGUGACUUGCAGAUGUUCCACAAACAUGUUUGCACUUGUGACAAGGGCAAUCUAUCCUUGUGCUCAGCUUAAGAAGUCAAAUCAUGCCAGCAUCUUGUCGCAUCUGUGCUUGCGAAAACCUCCAGAGCAUUGUGCCACAUUCUCCAGGCAAUACCGCUCUGAAACUGGCAAGGAUGCGGUGGAUAUGUCAAAGUUUCCAGUUGAAACUAUUAGAAAUUUCAGCAUAAUAGCUCAUGUCGACCAUGGCAAAAGUACUCUAGCAGAUAGGCUGUUGGAAAUAACAGGAACAAUUGUCAAAAUGGAACACAAUAAACAGGUGCUGGAUAAAUUGCAAGUGGAACGGGAAAGAGGAAUCACUGUGAAAGCUCAGACUGCUUCCCUCAUUUAUCAUUACAAGGGAACAAAUUACCUCUUAAAUCUCAUUGAUACACCUGGCCACGUAGAUUUUAACUAUGAAGUAUCACGAUCAUUGUCAGCCUGUCAAGGAGUCUUGCUCGUAGUGGAUGCAAAUGAGGGUAUUCAAGCUCAAACAGUAGCCAAUUUCUAUCUUGCAUUUGAAGCACAACUAUCAAUAAUUCCUGUGAUAAAUAAGAUUGACCUAAAGCAUGCAGAUCCUGAGAGGGUUGAAAAUCAAAUUGAAAAGGUGUUUGAUAUCCCCAAAGAGGACUGCAUUAGGGUUUCUGCCAAACUUGGAACAAAUGUUGAACAAAUACUAAAGGAAGUCAUUGAAAGGAUCCCUCCGCCCAGCGUUAGCACACACGACCCACUGAAGGCACUGGUGUUUGACUCCACCUUUGAUCACUUCAGGGGUGUGAUUGCUAACAUAGCAGUGCUUGGUGGGGAAAUUUGUAAAGGCCAUAAGAUCUCCACAGCUCACACAAAAAAAGUAUAUGAAGUUAAUGAAAUAGGGAUUCUGACACCUGAUGAACAGCCAACACAUAAAUUGUAUGCUGGCCAGGUGGGCUAUCUGAUCGCUGGAAUGAAAGACGUUGCAGAAGCCCAAAUAGGAGAUACAAUCUAUUUACAUAAUCAACCAGUGGAACCAUUUCCUGGGUUUAAAUCGGCAAAACCGAUGGUCUUUGCAGGAAUGUACCCAACAGACCAGUCAGAAUAUAACAACUUGAAAAGUGCUGUAGAAAAACUGACACUGAAUGACUCUAGUGUUACUGUUCACCGUGCUAGUAGCCUUGCUCUGGGAGCUGGAUGGAGGUUGGGUUUCCUCGGCCUUUUACAUAUGGAAGUUUUUAAUCAGCGUUUGGAGCAAGAAUAUAACGCAUCUGUCGUUUUGACAUCCCCCACAGUUCCAUAUAAGGCAGUACUUUCUUCAGCAAAAUUGAUAAAGGAACAUGGGAAAGAGGAAAUCACCAUCAUAAAUCCCUCUGAGUUUCCUGAUAAGUCAACAGUAGUGGAAUAUUUGGAACCAGUUGUUUUGGGCACAGUCAUAACACCUGAAGAAUAUAUUGGGAAAAUAAUAGCGUUGUGCCAGACUCGAAGGGCUGUUCAGAAGGAUUUGGUGUACAUUGAUGACCGAAGAGUUAUGAUGAAGUAUUUAUUUCCACUGAAUGAAAUUGUAGUAGAUUUCUAUGAUGCUCUGAAAUCCCUCUCCUCUGGAUAUGCCAGUUUUGACUAUGAAGAUGCAGGAUACCAGUCUGCAGAUCUUGUCAAAAUGAACAUUCUUUUAAAUGGAAUUGCUGUAGAAGAACUGGUAACUAUUGUGCAUAAGGAGAAAGCAUAUCCUAUUGCUAAAACCAUGUGUGAACGUUUAAAAGAUAUUAUCCCAAGACAACUGUUUGAAAUAGCUGUUCAGGCAGCUAUUGGAAACAAAAUAAUUGCAAGGGAAACGGUGAAAGCUUAUAGGAAAAAUGUCCUAGCAAAAUGUUAUGGUGGAGAUAUUACACGGAAAAUGAAACUUUUGAAGAGGCAAUCAGAAGGAAAGAAGAAAUUGAGGAAAAUUGGGAAUGUGGAAAUUCCAAAGGACGCAUUCAUCAGUGUUCUAAAGAGACAGCCUGACAAGUAGUUGGAAAUCUGCAAAUAGUUUCCAACCUUUUUUAAAGGAAUGCUAAAAAUACUAAUCUUGUUUACAAAGUAGCUAUCCUAUUAUGAUUAUGCAUUGUAUGUGUAUAUACAGCUCAGUCUAUAAAUUAUCAUGAAUGUAAAUGUC